CGAUCACGCAGCCUCUCUGCGACCGCCGGCUUCAUUCUUCUCUUCAUAAUCUUCCUUCUCCUCACGACACGUGCAACGCUCCGCGUCUUUGCUUCCGACGAGAGCGGCAGCUCCGGGCUCUGACGCUCCUCACGUCCCUCAUCUUCUCUGCUCCUUCACGUUUCUGCACGUCUUCUCCGCUUCUGCUCCUGCGUCAAAGAUCUACUCGACCCGUGCGACGCCGUCUCGAUUGCUGAGCUCCGCGUCGAGAGCUGGAUCUCUCCGACUAGAGCAGCCCCGCACCUUUCCUGAAGGCUUGUCUGCCUGACCAACGACUGCUCUUUCCGAGCUCGCCUGAACGCAGCGACGGAGUAAGUCGCUCAGACGUGCGCCAAUCGCACGCACACACUUCAGGCCCUUCACGAGAGCGUCAUCGACAGUCGGCAGCCCUCACGGGCGCAGGCGGAGCUUUCGCGAUGCAGCGUCCUUUUCCCAGCGCCUCUCGCGGCGGCAUGCCCAAUCCACACGCCGAGCGUCCGAGCAACUCGUCCGGGCAGCUCCAGUGGGAGCUUGCCUCUCCGCGGCCCGGGCCGAUGGCGUCGAGUGCCCAGCAGGCCGAGGCGCACGCUCGCAAUCUGCUGGAACAGGCACAGCGACGAGCUGCAGCAUCCCGCCCAGUCGAGACUACACAGCAGCAGCCGAUCAGCAACUUCGGCAGCGGCAUCAUUCGUAAGCCAGUCCCGCCGAUGGCAGCGCCGAUGAAUAUCACUCGACCUUCGCCCACACGUCUGGCGCCAGUGCGUCUCCAAGCCGAGGUCGCCGCUCGUUCCUGGCAGCAGGACCGCUUGGCGCUGGCGCGCAGAGGCAUGCGUCCCAGCGAGGCCAGUGAAGCUUCAAGCUGGGACUCUGGCGAGAGCACGCCGACGCCAACGGCUAGCAGCGUGGCGGCGGCACAGUCGGCGUACCGCCGUGAUGCGGAGGAGAUUCGCCUCGUGCCUGUCAACCUCUUUCAUCCGAGUCAAGUGCCGAGUCCAAAGCCCAGUCCGGCAUCAGCACCGUCGAGAAUUUCCUCGACGCCACAGGCCAUGAGUCAACGAAGCGACGCUGAGACCCAGCACAUCACGAGAAAGCCUGUGCUGCAGGCAGAGGGCAUUGCUGCUGCACACAUCGCUCGCACGCAGCAGGGGUCGCCUCCGCAGGUGGCACCAGGUGUGGCAGAACGGCUCCAGCAGCCUGCUGCGGCCAAUGCGAGUGUGCCUCAGUUCCGCACAGACUUCCACAACAUGCGCCGCUUCUCCGUCUCGCAGGGCGCCGCCACGAGCGGCACGCUGCCAGUGAGGAUCGGUGGCAAAGGGGCAGCACCGGGACCAAGUGUGCUGUCGGACGGGCGCCCACAGCAGCUCCGUGGCGCGCCUGCAGCGUCGAGCAGCCGGACGCCAGCAGCGAGUCCGCCGCUUCCUCUUCCUGUCUCAUCGCCCGUGCCCGACACGCCACGUCCGGAGGCCAUUCUUCGCAAUCGGUGGAGCGAGCCAAUCAUCUCGAGCCCUGCCGCCAGCCGGCCGGCGACAGGCACACGUACGCCUCCGCUGCGUCAAGACGAUGGGGACGGACCACGUUCGCGCAACACCUUUGGGCCUGAUGCUUCAAUGUUCGAGCAUGCCCGGCAGCUGCUGUUGCAGCACAAGGAGCAAGUCGAAGCAGCCGAUGCGCGAGCGUCGCUGACGGCUCCGGAUCGCGGUCUACCAACGCGUCGGCUGUCCAGCGCCACAUCGCUGCGUCGCUCUUCCUUUGCGUCAGACACGACUGCUUUCGACACGCCUGGUCUGGCGAAUGAAGCUUCGCACAUGGAGCUGCAGCGCAGCUCGAGCAGCCGGGUGGCCGAGAAGAGGCGCUCAGUCGACCUGACUCAAGACGCUGCGCCAGCAGCAGGCACACGGAGAGGCGUGGCCACUGGCAACGUCGCUCCGCCGAGCGCAGUGCCCGAGACGCGCGAGCCAUCGGUUGCAGGCGCUCGAGGCGAGAUCGCACGUUGGCCUACGCCGCCUCAGGUCCACGUCGUGGACAGCAAAGACCUCACACGGCGCCCGUCAUUCCUGCGCCUCAUUCCCAUCAUCGGCACAACGUCGCGCCGGCCGGGCACGGCCCAGACUCGUUUCUCCGUGCGCUCUGGACAUAGCCACGGCCACGAAGCGCGGCGAGGUCACCUGCCGACGCCCGCAUGUCGCCAGUGCUUCCGGGCGGGCUUCGACUGCGCCCUCAACCUGCAGCUAGGUGAGGGGACCAACGGCCGACGCGCAUUCCAGGACUUUGUCGCUUCGGGUGGUCUCGACGCGCUCAAAGUGGACGAGGACCAGGGCGCAGCAAGCGUGGCGCUCUCCAACGUCCUCGGACACAACUACGUCGACAAGCUCGGCGAGGUCGCGUUUGGCGAGAGCGCGCUGAGCCGACCCGUCACGCGUGCUCGCAUCGACGACAUGCUUGAUGAGCGCGCAAACCAGCUGGCAGAGCAGCAGAAGCGCAUGACUGUCGAGGACUUUCGCGCUCAGCUCAACGAUGCUGCGCAUCAGAGGAACUUUGGGCGUCGUUCGGCAGACCAUGCUGAGCUGCGCAGUCCGGAGAAGCGCGAGGAUCAGGACAGUCCCACCUCGUCUGAAGACUCCAGCUCCACGGGCUCGGACGAUCUCCUCUUCCUCGCUGAGCGCUGGUCGGCAGCACGCAAGUGCUGGCUGGUCGCAUGCCUCAGCACAUGGCUCGUCAUCGUGCAGGCUGUCGAUGCAAGCUUCGCCACGUCACUGCCUGUCAUCGCCGCAGGCACCGAUGUGCCGCUGCCCGCAUUCUUCGCUGGACGUCUCGCCUUUCUCUGGGGCGAGAGCGGCGGUGUGGCUUUGGGAGCUGGCCUUGCCGUACUAGGACGUCGACGCAUCAUUGCGUCGACCCCGGGCCUCGUUGCCAUCGCAGCUGUCCUCGCUGGCUUCAUGCGCAACCCAUGGGCCUUCACGGCCAUGCGCGGCGUCAUCGGCUUCGGAGCAGGCGUUUUUGUCAUGUCGUCAAUUGCCUGCCUCGUCGACACCUUCACGACGCGCUCGAGUCGCACGGCAGCUGUGGCAAGCCUGCUGAUCAGCGCUUGCGCUGCUGAGCUAGCGGGUCCGUGGAUCGCUGUGCUAGUGCUGCGCUACAUCCCAUGGAUGUGGCUCUACUGGGUUCCUGCGCUCGCUGCAUGCCUCUUCGUGCCCGCCUUCGCACUCGCCUUUCAGGAGACAGCGCCGCUGCUGCGCUUCCGCAAGCACGUGGCGGAGAUGGAGCGCAUCGGCGGCGGCUGGAUGCCCGAGCCUGCGCCGCCGCCAUGCCCUUGGAAGGUGGUGCGCCAUCACGUCCUGCAGCCGUACCGCGUGCUUUGCACGCACUGGCUCGUGCCUCUCUCGGCAGUCACGGCAUGCAUCUUCCUCGGAGCUCUAAUGCUGGCCAUGAACAGCCUCGUCGCCGUGUGGGUCGAGGUGCACGGCAUGCGUCUCGCCGUUGCGCAGGCAGCCUUGACGGCAAGCGGUGGCAUUGGUCUCGUUGCAGCUGGCCUCCUGGCGGCUCUCUUCUACUCGCGUCCCAGCACGCUAGCGCCGAGUCGGCGCCCUCUGCACAUCGACGAGAAGGGCUUCAUCGACUCUGCGCCGGCCGAGCCGCUGCCUGAGCAGCUGCUGUUCCCGGUGCUGUGCUCGGCUCCGGCGGCAGCCUUCGGUGAGUCGCUGAGAAGAGCGAGCGCGGCAUACUCGAUCCAGUCGCUGACGGUCUUCCAGCGCUAUUCAUGCUGGCGGUCGUGGCACCCCUGAGCAGCUGGGUGCCAAGCGCUCUGGCGCUCUGCCUCCUCAGCGCCGCU